UAAAUUUCGCGCGUUUUGUCCCUGCCUUCGUGGGAAGAGGUUUGUCCCUCGCUGGUUCCCGUCUCUUGUGACCGGAAGUGUGGGCUGCUGGAUAGCGCACGAGAGUUAAAGAACAGACGGGUGAUUACACAGCACUGAGAGAGCCGGACAGCCUCCCUGUGAGGAGAGAGGCGGAGAGAGACACAGGGUGUCAUGGCUAAUGAUCGUCUACGCUCGCUGGAGGAGGUGGAGAAGGAGAUUGGAGUGGUGCUGCAGUGUGCGGGGAAUAUCAUCCUGGAGCUCUCGAAGGAGAAGCACAACGCCUCCCUGCUGGACAGACAGCUGAGCCAAUUCACUGGCUGUGUGAGCCGAGUGGAGAGCGAGCUGUCCGGGCAGAUCCGCUACCUGACUCAGGUGGCGACAGGGCAGCCCCACGAAGGCUCCACCUACUCGGCUCGCAAGGACUGUCAGAUGGCUCUGAACCGAGUGGAGUAUGCCAGACUCAAACUGGGAGAACUGGGACAGACCUGUGAGCGGCUACUGGACCCGCAGACCUAGUGACCCCCCCACUCACACACGCGCACGCACACACACACACUCCCCCCUCACGCACGCACGCACACACACACUCCCCCAUCGAGGGGCGAGUGUGAGUUUCUAACUCUGGGCUCCUACCUGGUUAUUUCAAUAAUAAAUCCUAAUUCUGGUCCAUGUGGUUGAAUAAGGAGGCAACGGGACAAUUUCAAGAAAAUGAAAAUUAUUUCUUUAUUAUUUUUUUAAUCUUUCAUGGAAGUUACAGCUCCAGUGCUGCAAUUAUUAAAAAAAAAAUUAAAAACUUUUUUUUUUUGCA